AUGAUCAGGACAUUUCCGCGAGUUCUGCUGAGCUGGCGGAGGAGACUGGGUACUGCGCAUAAAAAUCUCGCGCAACUCGCGGCGGGCGCUUCGGCGUCGUACAGCGGGAAAGCGGCGAUUCCAGUGGAAUGGCGGCCGUGGGUCGUUCGGGGCGCGGCGGUGCUUCUGGCUCUGGGUGUCGCGCACUGCUUCCUUGUCGUCAACGAGCCUUGGGUGGACAGCCUGCAGCUUUGGAACUUCUUCCCGCUGAAGAGCCUGCCGGCAGUGGAGUGGGAGGAGGCGUCCCCACGGCCGGGGUGCAUUGUGACUCUCGACUCGCGCUACAGCCCUGAGGGCGUGCAGGCCGUGGAGGCGGCUGUAGCACGGCUGCUGAGGGAGCUGGGGGGGGAGGCGGAGGGGGAGAGAGUGGGGGGAGGGGGAGAAGGGAUAGGUGGAGAGCGGAUAAGGGGAGAGGGGUUAGGUGGAGAAGGGAGAGGGGGAGAGGAAGUAGGAAGAGGGGGUGUAGGGGCUGCGGGGGGCGAUGGGGGACAGGAAGGGCGGAGUUGGGGGAUGGGGGACCGGGAUUGGAAGAGGAGACGGCUGAAGGAAGGAGCGGGAGAGUGGGAGGGAAGGUGGCAUGGAGGUUGGAGGGGGAGGCGACUCAAGGGAGGAGGAGAGGAGGGCUUGGAGGAGGGGGAUGGGGGGCUGAACGGGGAGGUUAAGAAGGCGGAGGGGGAAAAAGGGGAGGGCGAGGAUGAGGGGAAGGCGGAGGAGACAGAUGAGGAGAAAGAAGAGGGUAACGAUGAGGGGAAUGGGGAGGAGAAGGGUGAGAAUGAGGACUCGAAGGUUAAGGAAGAAAGGAGAGGGAGGGGCGGGGAGGCGAUGCCGGAGGCGUGGUGGCGGUUCUAUGAGGCACUGCCCAAGGUGGUGGAUGCGGAGGGGAAUGAAAUCGUUUGGAAAUUCCCCAUCUGGGUGGCUCUGGCCGUCAACAUGUUGUACGCACGGCGCCAUGGGUACCGACUGGUGGUGGAGAACGGAUCCAGGUUCACUCCGGACAGACACCCAUCGUGGUUCAAGGUGCCGUUGCUACAGGAGCAGCUGGCGUGUUGCUGCGAGUGGGCUUUCUUCCUUGACUCAGAUGCCUACAUGAGCAUGCACCACCACACCCUCUCCAUCCCCGCCUGGAUCCAAGCCAUCAAGCAGCCUAGCUACUUCUCCUGGCUGCUGAGGGACAACCUGACCGACACUCUGGCCGGGCAGGUGUGGCUCCCACAGGACCCCGCCCUGCUGCUACAGCCGCCCACCGCGCUACAGCCAGAGGGGCCCGUGGCUCUGAUUCCACGCAACGGCGACUCGAGGGAGGGGUUCUUUGGGGAUGCAGAUGCGCUGUUCCGCAAGGACACGGACUACCUCAAUGCGGGCGUCAUGCUCUGGCGCCGCUCGCCACACACCUUCAAGUUCUUCCAGCAGUGGUACAGCGUGCCUCGGGGCGACUACCACCUGUACGGGCACGUGUGGGAGCAGGCGAGGCUCAACCAGGUGGCACAAUGGCCGCAGUGGCGGGCGAGGGUGGUGGUGGUGCCCUACCGCGAGCUCACAGGGCCGCAGGGGGCCAUGCUGCGCCACGUGUGGGGAAACGUGACACAGGACGAGCGUGCCAGGGUGGUGUAUGAGGCACUGGAGGAGGCACUGGGCCGCCUCAAGUAA